CGUUGCUUCGAUCCCGUGCUGGUGGUAUCUUGAUUAAAGGAAGUGUCCGACUCGAAGGAACUUUUGAAAAAUUUGUCUGGAUUGGCACCGGUUGACUGUAUGUUGACCACAAGCUGCUAUUACUACUUUGAUCCCUAGAACGGCCCAGCAUCAAGUCGCCCAGAUCCAAGCUAAUUUCCGCCGUUGCUAUUCAGAAACAACUCCCGCCAUGCGGCUCGACAGGCGGACUUCGCCUCUAGUUAGCCUCCUCCUCACUGCGCCGUCCCUUACAGCAGCCUUUUAUCUCCCGGGUGUAGCACCCACUUCAUACGAUGAAGGCCAGUCGGUGCCGCUGUACGUGAACCACCUCACGCCGGGAGUAGCACAGCAGGACGAACAACUCCAUUCCGUCUUCUCCUACGACUAUUACCACUCAGCGUUCCAAUUCUGUGUACCGGAAGGCGGCCCUCAAGAUGUACGAGAAUCGUUGGGCAGUAUUUUAUUCGGUGACCGGAUCCAGACAUCGCCCUUCGAGUUAAAUAUGCGCAAGAACGAGAGCUGUAAAGCGGCUUGCGGCGGGGUCAUGUUUGAGUCUCGAAAUGCCAAGUUCACCAAUCGAAGAAUAGCUCAGGGUUACAAUAUUAAUUGGUUGGUGGAUGGGCUUCCUGCGGCCCAGCAGCAUCUUGGAACCCAACCUCAGGCCUACAAUCCCGGAUUCGCUCUUGGAAUGCUGGAUGAGAACGAACAGUCGAUUUUGAACAACCACUUUGAUAUUGUUAUUGACUAUCAUGUGGUACAAGUCGGCAAUAAGGAGAAGUACCGAGUGAUUGGUGUCCUUGUUCAGCCCGAUUCUCGACGCGACUCUACAGUCCUGGAAGAUGGAACUGCCGUGUGUAACGAUGAAGGUGGUCCGGUAUAUUUAAAUGAGGAUGGAGACACUCCGGUGACCUGGACAUACAGUAUCAGCUGGCGGGAGUCGCCUACUCCGUGGGCUACUCGCUGGGACAAGUAUCUGCAGGUGCACUACCCGAAGAUCCACUGGUUUUCUCUCAUCAAUUCGGCCGUUUUUGUCGUCUUCCUAGUCGGUAUGGUGAGCAUGAUCCUUGUUCGGGCUCUUAAGAAGGACAUUGCUCGGUACAACCGCUUAGAUAUGAUCAACCUGGAGGAUUUGGACGGAACAUCCGCUGCCAUCGAGGACGGCAUUCAGGAGGAUUCGGGAUGGAAGUUGGUCCAUGGAGAUGUUUUCCGAUGCCCCAAGUCUCCUCUCCUCCUCAGUGUCCUUGUUGGCAAUGGUGCUCAGCUCUUUAUGAUGACUGGUGUUACUGUUGUCUUCGCCCUCUUUGGCCUUCUUUCUCCGGGGAACCGAGGUUUCCUUGCCACUGCGAUCCUUUUGAUAUACACUGUCUUUGGGUUUAUCGGAGGUUAUGUCUCAGCCCGUGUGUACAAGUCUUUUGGUGGCGAAGCCUGGAAGCGCAACAUCAUUAUGACUCCCGUGCUGGUUCCGGGGUCCAUCUUCGGUGUUUUUUUCUUACUCAAUCUGUUUGUUUGGGCUAAGGGUUCCAGCGGUGCCGUUCCUUUUGGUACAAUGCUGGCCCUGGUAUUGAUCUGGUUCGUCAUCAGUAUGCCACUGAGCGUAGCUGGUAGCUGGGUCGGAUUCAAGCAGCAGGCCAUCGAAGGUCCCACCAAGGUCAAUCAGAUCCCACGUCAGGUCCCUCCUAUGAGUGGUAGCCUGCGCACCAUUCCAUCUCUAUUUUUGACCGGCAUCCUUCCUUUCGGCGCGAUUUUCGUGGAGCUUUACUUUAUCAUGACAUCUCUGUGGACUAACAAGAUUUACUACAUGUUUGGGUUCCUGUUCCUGUGCUACGGUCUGAUGAUCAUCACCACUGCGGCCACAACUGUACUGUUGGUGUAUUUCUUGCUCUGCGCCGAAAACUACCGGUGGCACUGGAGAGCGUUUGCCGGAGCAGGAAUGACUGGUGUCUAUGUCUUCCUGAACGCGUUGCUGUUCUGGGCCACGCGGGUUAGCUUUGGAGGUCUUACGGGUGCAGUCUUGUAUGUGGGCUACUCUGCCUUGAUUGGAUUCGUGGUCUUUAUCCUCACUGGAUCGAUUGGGUUCUUUGCCAGCUGGGCGUUUGUGCAACGCAUCUACGGCUCCAUCAAGGUGGACUAAAUGGUCGAGCGUUGCCGAAUACUUCCUUUUCUUACGUCAAAUGAUAUACAUCCCAAGCGUAAAGCCAGAGUAGCGAACAUAGUGAACAAGGUGAACCACCUCCGGUAAUCAUGGCAUCCCUUGUCGGGCGGGAUAUAUAGGGUUUUUUUUUUGUUUGAGCGAGUGUUGUUAAUAUCCUGGCGUCCGUUCCUG